AGUUGUAUAAAUAGUGGUAAUGGGGUUGAGGCUUUGCACUGUGCUCAAACAAUCUCAAAGCUCUUCUUCUUCUUCCAUCCAGAGUUCAUUUCGGCUUACAGAUCGAGAAGAUGUCUUGCAGCUGUGGAUCAAGCUGCAACUGCGGCUCAAGCUGCAACUGCGGCAAGAUGUACCCUGAUUUGGAGGAGAAGAGCAGCAGCGCGCAGGCCACCGUCGUCCUCGGCGUGGCGCCUGAGAAGAAGGGCGACUUUGAGAAGGCGGCCGAGUCCGGCGAGACCGCCCACGGCUGCAGCUGCGGCGACAACUGCAAGUGCAGCCCCUGCAACUGCUGAGGCUCAUGCAUGCCCAUGUACCUACCACUUGUGGUUGUCUAGUGUGAGACUGUGAGUGAUGAUUGAACAAUAAGGAGGAGCCAUAGAUCGAUGUAUCUGGCUCGAGCCGUGUGUGCAUGGUUUGCUACCUAUUUGGUGUCCUUAAUUUGUGCUGAUGAUGUGUGUGUUGGUGUGAUCGUAGCAUCGAUCGUGCCAGACCAUGCAUACAUCUCUCUGUCUGUCUGUAUGUUUGUGUGCUGGCCUGUGUCUCGCUCUGUAAUGAUGGAUACAGAGUGAUAUGAAUAUAAAACUCGUUUGGUUUGCCUAA